AUGAAAGGUGGUGCGUUGGCAGUUGUGGAUUGUAAGAAACAAGCUAUGGAAACGUCUUCCGAUCAAAGUUUGAAACGAGAAUCACGAAGAUUUUCAGGACAAUUUGCCUUUUCUACACCGAAAACUUCAUCACGACAAACUCCAGUUUCCAGCCAAAUAGCAGAAAAGAAAAUUUCAUCUUCGGCGCGCCGACGAAAGAUGGCAUCAAAAUUGCAACUUCUUUUGUCUAGUCAAACACCGAUACGCAAAGAUACAAGUUUGCAGGCUUUUCUGGAAGCUUUUAAGAUUAAUACUUGA